ACCAUUUUUCUUCUCCUUUCUUUUCUCCCUUCUCUUUCUUCUACGUUUUUAACCAAAAAACAACAACAUUCACAGUGAUCGGAAAUUGAUCUGAAUUUUGUCUCUCACUCUCUCCCUGUCUCUUCCAAUCAUGGAGAGCACCGACUCGUCGGCCGGUCCACAGCAACCGAAUUUGCCCCCCGGCUUCCGAUUCCACCCUACCGAUGAAGAGCUCGUCGUUCACUACCUCAAGAAGAAAGCCAAUUCUGCGCCGUUACCCGUCGCUAUCAUCGCCGAAGUCGAUCUCUACAAGUUCGAUCCUUGGGAGCUCCCAGCAAAAGCUACUUUUGGAGAACAAGAAUGGUACUUCUUCAGUCCUAGAGAAAGGAAGUACCCGAACGGAGCUCGGCCGAACCGUGCAGCGACGUCCGGUUACUGGAAGGCGACGGGCACGGACAAGCCGGUGCUGGCCUCGGGCGGAAACAACCAGAAAGUCGGCGUAAAGAAGGCACUGGUGUUCUACGGCGGAAAGCCCCCCAAAGGGAUCAAAACCAAUUGGAUCAUGCAUGAAUAUAGAUUAGCUGACAAUAAGCCCAGCAUCAAUAAGCCUCCUGGGUAUGAUUUGACCAAGAAGAACUCAUUGAGGCUUGAUGAUUGGGUUCUAUGCCGAAUUUACAAGAAGAAUAAUUCACAUAGGCCAAUGGAUCAUGAGAGGGAAGAUUCGAUGGAGGAUAUGAUUGGAUCAAUACCCCCUUCAAUGAGGCUAAAUCAAUACCCCAAAUUGAGCAUCAAUUACAGCGCUGCAUUGCUUGAAAAUGACCAAAACUUGCUUGAAGGACUUGUGGGUAAUGAUGGAGGAGUUAACGCUACCAAUUCCCCCAAGCCCGACCUCGCCGUCGCUCUAAAGCGCCCAACGCCAUCGUCGCUCUUCUGGACCGACGACGAGGAUCAUUCCGGCGUCUCGUCGAGCAAGAGAAUGCAUUUUGAAAACAGCCCCAACGGCCAAAACUCCACCACCUCUUCCCUCGCCACUCUCCUCACAAACCUCCCUCAAACGCCGCCGUUGCACCACCACACGACGAUGAUGGGGUCGAUUGGAGAUGGGCUUUUCCGGCCAGCAUACCAGAUUCCGGGUGCAAAUUGGUACUCUUAGGAUGAUUGAUUAUAUGAUAUAUGAUCAUCACCAAGUGGGGGAAGAAGAAAAUUAAAACCAAUCAGGUAAAGGUACUGAUUAAAAACACCCACACCCACCAGCCUUAGCUUAAUUUGGUGUAUAAUUUAUAAAG